CGUCUUAGCCUUGGAGGCGAUUAAACGGUAACGGUUAUUUAAACGGACAACGAAGAGGAACGAAAAACCAGCAGCCUCAUAAUGGCGGAAUAUAUUGUCUUGUCUGUGAGUGUGGUAGUGGGUGCGGUGGUGGGCCUCUUCCUACUGAUCCUCCUACUGCUCCGCCUUAAAUCCAAAAUGAUUUUCGGAAUUUAUCCUCGCAAGGGCCUCUUCUAUCACCUGAAAUAUGUCAUUGCCCUGGUGGUGUUGAAGCGAAUGCGUUACAAAUUCUAUCAUCGCAACGAAGAGGACCUCAACAAACAGGAGUAUCUGCAAAAUUUGGAUAGACCCCAAGAGCUAUCGGAAAAUCCGAAAUCCUAUGAUGUGGUCUCGUUUAUGGCGGCCAACAUAAAGGGGGAGAAAUUUAUGGUUACCCUGGAGCGUAGACGUCGUGGCAUUAUACGGGCCUGUAUCUAUAUGUGGUUGCCCGACUAUGGUCUCUUGGCCUCACCGAAAUUGCCCGACAUGUUGUAUUUCACCACAGAUGGUGACCAGGAGAAUAAUGAGUUUAAGGGCAAUGGUUUCCACAUCUAUCCCAAGGAGCCCAUGAAGUCGUGGUGCAUCAAAUAUGAGGGUCCUUUGCAACAGGUGUCGGAGGGUAAAGAAUUGCAGGUGAAAUUGAAUUUGGAAUUCAAUUCUACCUCAUCCCACUUUGAUUAUAACCGGGAUUUGAGCCCCGCCGUGAUUGCCGACUCCAUUGCCCGAGAGUCCUGGAAUGAGGCCUUCUACAUUAUGUGUGUCAAUGUGCAUAAGUUCCUGGAGAAACGUACCCACUACGAGCAGAAUGGUGAACUGCGAGGAGAUCUGCAAAUUGAGGGUGUGGGAGGCAAGGCGCUGAAAUUGAACGGCUUCCGGGACCACAGCUUUGGAACCGAUCGCUGCCUCUCCACCAUUAAUCGUUAUGUUUAUUUCUCUCUCUUCCUGGACGAUGGCACCAGCAUGGUGGUGGGUAAUCUCUCCCAACCCUCCUUCUUUUUGUCCUCCCUCAAGGUGGGCUACAUCUGCACCAAGGAUGGCAUUCACAAGCCCAUAACCAAAUGUAACUUCGAGCUCUACACCUAUGGCGAGAAGGGUGUACCGCCGAAUCAUCAAAAUUUCAUUGUCCACACCGAGGAGACCAGCUAUUUUGUUCAGAUUCAAGUGGAAGACUGUGCCGUCCGUUACAUGGGUGGCAAUUGGGAAUCGAAGGUCUACAAUCAGUUCUUCCGCUGCACUGUAAACGGCGUCCAGGGUCAUGGCAUCACCGAAUAUUUAUAUCGCCACAAUGGCGGCAGGCCCGAGGAGGUAUGCCACCAGGAUCCGGAAUGGUAUCAGCGCAUUAGGAAAUUUGAGAGAACCCUCAGCAACUGUGAGGAUGACAGUGAAAUGUUCUUUUUCUAGAAAAAUUGGAGAAAAGGAAAUUUAAUUUCAAAAUCGA